UGAGAAGAGGGGGGAGCUCAGAACCAUUUACUCACAAGCUGCAACAGAAAACAUAUAUUGUAUAAUAAAAUCGCUAUUUCGGCGAGCAGACAGAAGAACUCGAAAAACGAAGCAAUAUUGUAGCUGAUAUAUCGCGUCAUAUUCAUUUUGCAUACACAAAAUAAUCUGAGUUGUUGUCUUAUAUUUACUAAAUCUCUGGUACUGAAAUCGGUGUUGUUCCCUAACCGACCGGCAUGUCUUACCAAGGAAAGAAGAACAUUCAUCGGAUAACGAGUGACCGGCUGAUUAUCAAGGGUGGGAAGAUAGUCAACGAUGACCAGUCUUUUUAUGCAGAUAUAUACAUAGAAGAUGGUAUAAUAAAACAAAUAGGAGAAAACCUUAUUGUUCCUGGAGGGGUGAAGACAAUAGAUGCCUAUGGUCACUUGGUGAUCCCAGGUGGAAUAGAUGUCAACACUUGUCUUCACAUGCCGUACCUGGGAAUGACCCCAGCCGACGGCUUCUACCACGGAACAAAGGCAGCGCUGGCAGGAGGAACCACCAUGAUCAUUGACCAUGUCCUCCCAGAGCCUGGAACAAGUCUCCUUGUUGCUUAUGAUCAGUGGCGAGAGCUGGCUGAUAGCAAGUCCUGCUGUGAUUAUUCUCUGCAUGUGGAUAUCACACGCUGGCAUGAAAGCCUCACAGAAGAACUUGAAGCUUUAAUCAAGGACAAAGGCGUCAAUUCCUUUCUUGUGUUUAUGGCCUACAAGGACAAAUACCAGUGCACCGACUCCCAGAUGUAUGAGAUAUUUGGAAUUAUCAGAGACUUGGGGGCCAUUGCUCAAGUGCAUGCAGAAAAUGGGGACAUCAUUGAGGAGGAGCAGAAGCGAUUGCUCGAGUCUGGGAUUACUGGUCCUGAAGGGCAUGUUCUUAGUCGACCAGAGGAGGUCGAGACUGAAGCCGUGUACCGUGCAAUAACCAUUGCUAAGCAAGCCAACUGUCCGCUGUAUGUCACAAAAGUUAUGAGCAAAGGUGCUGCAGAUACUAUUGCCCAUGCCAAAAGGAAAGGCAUGGUUGUUUAUGGAGAAGCAAUCUCAGCUAGUCUUGGUACUGAUGGAUCCCACUACUGGAGUAAGAACUGGGCAAAAGCUGCUGCCUUCGUCACAUCCCCUCCACUGAGCCAAGACACCAUGACUCCAGACUACCUGAACUCAAUGCUGUCAUGUGGAGAUCUUCAAGUAACUGGCAGUGCCCACUGCACAUUUUCAACAGCCCAGAAAGCAGUAGGCAAAGAUAACUUCACACUUAUUCCCGAGGGGACCAAUGGGAUUGAAGAAAGGAUGUCGAUAAUCUGGGACAGAUCUGUGACAACGGGGAAGAUGGAUGAAAAUGAGUUUGUAGCGGUAACGAGUACCAACGCGGCCAAGAUCUUUAACCUGUACCCCCGGAAAGGGCGGGUCGCAGUCGGCUCAGACGCUGACCUGGUCAUCUGGAAUCCCAAAGAAACCAAGAUCAUCUCAGCAAAAACACAUCACUUGGCAAUUGAAUACAAUAUCUUUGAGGGGAUGGAAUGUCUUGGGGCUCCAGUCGUUGUAAUGAGUCAAGGCAAAAUUGUCUUAGAAGAUGGGAAACUCCACGUCACAGAAGGGUCUGGACGCUUUAUCCCUAGAAAGACCUUCCCAGACUUUGUUUACAAGAGAAUUAAAGCAAGGAACAGGAUGGCUGACGUCCAUGGUGUACCAAGAGGCCUUUAUGACGGGCCAGUCCAUGAUGUCUCUAUGGCAACCAAGGCCGUGGCAUCCACUCCGUCAUGCAGAGGGUCAUCGUGCCCUGGCAAGGCCCAGAUGGCUCCCCUGCGGAACCUGCAUCAGUCUGGAUUCACUUUAUCUGUAGCAACAUCUAACUCUCAGCAAAACCCCAAAGGCAGUAAAGGAGGAAAUCAGAUGGACGACCAUAUUCCCAGACGCACUACACAGCGGAUUGUUGCUCCCCCUGGAGGCCGAUCUAAUAUUACCUCGCUUUCAUGAUCUUUGCCAUUCAUUUCUUCAGACCAACAACUCGUACAGUAUUUUGGCUAGCCAUUUCAAGUGUGAAAACACUGCCAAGAGUAUUCCCCCCCCCCCCCCCCCCCCCCGACACUGCCACUUCUUCUGCUUGCCCGUAGAAUACUCAUAUCAGCUGCCAAAAAUCUCCAGGCAUACAUUCAUUUUUAUAUAACGUUGUAGCCUAUAACCCCAAGCUGUGAUUGCAAAUGGCCAAUUCAUUCUUUUUCCAUGAAAGUGUGCAUCCGGCAGUAGGUUUUUUUUUUUUUUUUUGCAAUUGUAUAACAGCAUGCAUGUAGAAAGAACUGCUCAUAGUUACAGUAUAAACAGAAUUGCAGUACUUGGUAUAAAUAUUCCGAUGUGCUCUAAUGCUAACUUUAUUCAUAUGCGUAGAUUUCAGAAUACAAUUAGACACAAAGCUAAACUACAAUAACUUGAAUGUACUCCACUUACUGUGUUGUUUGUUAAUAGAUGUGUACCCUCUGAUGUAAAAGACUAACAGGCUAAUUGAAUUAACUUCUGGCUGGGAAUUCAUAAUUUUAGGAAAAUGUAAAUACAUGCAAUAAUCUGAGAAAAUGUAAAGCAUCUUUUGUUUUAUUUUGAUUAGAUUAAUACUUCGUCAAAAAUGAUUCACAAUAAUCAGUUGGGAUUAUUGCAUUAUCUAUAAUUGUAGGCUUUUUUACAAGAAUUUUAAUUUUCUUAAAAUACUUUUUCCUGGCUAAAAUGUCCCUUGGGGCAGAAUUAAAUCAAAAUGAUAGCAUCACUAUAGCAACAUGUUUUUUAAUGGCCUUGGUACUGCUAUGAUUUUUAUUUCAUCCAGGCUAAACUUAAUCUAAUGGUUUGAAAGUAUUAGAUUCAAGCUUUAACUGCUCAUCAAAAAAAAAAAAAAAAACAGUUGUCAGUAAGUUUGUAUCUGUCCAUGAGUCACACCAUGCAUUAUAUGAUAUUAGUGGUAAAUAAAUAAAUAAAUAAAUUUAUGUCCCAAGUCAUAGCACUGUAACGUCUCCCUGUUUACAUUGUGAUUGUACAGUAGAUUGUCUUUACGUUCCCCAUGUACAUUUGGAGCUUCUUGGAUGGUAGACUUGUCUAGUUUUUAGAACAGCCCUUGCUCCUGGCUGCAAAGUGCAUUAUCACAAGGAAAACAACCCCCCUUUGUUUUGUAGGCAUGAUGUUUUGAUAUUCUUUUUAAAACACAUUUUUUAAAUUGGUGCUGUCAGAAACCGUACAGUCAAUGCAGUGAACAACUGUCGUCUGGAACAUUAUUUGUCGUUUUAAAUGUCAAUUGUUCUUGUUCUUCUACCUUUAUAAAUUUGAUAUUUGUACUUUGCAACUUCCUACUAAAGUAACAGUUUUUAAAACCAAAGUACCACUACUAAGUUUCCUUGUUUUCUUUCAAAAGCUGUAUUUUACAAACAUAUUUACCUUUUAAACUAGAAUCCAAAUGGGUUGUGUUUACUGGUAUGACAAAAACAAAUGCCUCCAUGUACUUGAACUACUCUACCUCUAUCAAUCUCUCUGUCUCUCUGUUUAUCUCAUGUGACCAUUUCAUUUGAGGUUACAUGUAAACUAUCAAUUAAAGGCCUUAAAAA